AGGCGGACAACUUUAAUCCUCCAAAAUGAUUCCAUCAUACCUAAUUCCUAAUUCUUACCAAGGCAUCAAAUGUUUCUUUCUUAAUUCAUUAUUCAUCUUCGUCUUUUGGAGUUGAAUUUAUAUACACUCUUGUUCUCCUUGAUGUUAAUUUUCGGUCCUGAUUUAGUUUAUGCUCGUUUCCUAACCUACCCAAGUCUAAUUGACUUCAUUUGACGUUUUACCACAUGAUCAUCAUCCUCAACAAUACCCUAACGAAACGAAACGAAUUUAUCUCGUCAAUACUUCCGACACCGGCUUUGAAUUGCGAAUUCUACUCCGAUUUACCUUGCGAUCGUUUAUAAUCAUACACCGUAUGGUCCUGAGUGCUUAACACAUGUGUUGUGAAGCCGAAUACAAUACCUCAAUUCGACAAUUAAGGAUAUCCCUAUAUCACCUACGUUAUGGGGUUAGGUCGUGGACCGAAAAGAUGGUCCUUGAAUGAUACGUAUGGUUUUAUCGCGAAUUUCUUCGAAUCAAAUAGCUCGAAAUAUACGUAUCGAACCGUUUCGAGAUGUACAGCAUCAAACUCCCAAAAUCGAUUCUUUUCGGUAUCCCAAGAUACGAAUACUACAUCUCGUGUCGAAUCCCAAUCCUCUCAAGUUCCUCCUUCACCACGUAAUGUUCAACGUGGUUUUCAUACAUAUUUCGUAACACAUCUACCAUCCUCUUCGUUACAUCCCGAUUCACGAGCUCCUACCGGUCCUCAUCAUAAAUUACCUCGAUCCGCAGCCGCUCCUCAUAAUUCGAAUUCCGGUGCCGCACCCAUAUCUCCACCCCAUCUACCGUCGAAUCGAGAUUUAACCGUUGUUCGUAUACCUUUACGUAGUGCUAAACAUCAUUUCGGUGCUGCGGAUUCCAGAGGUUCGAGACCAUAUAAUGAAGAUACCAAUCAAGCCGGUACUAUCGAUAUACCUGCUUUCGCAAAACGUGCUCCUAUUAGUCUUGUUAGAAGUACUAUGAAUAAGACAGGAGAAGGUACAUCGGCUGAUAGUGCAUACGGAGAUCCUCAAAUAUUUUAUUUUGGGGUUUUUGAUGGUCAUGGAGGGACACAAUGUAGUAAUUUUCUACGAGAUGAACUUCAUGGAUAUAUCGAAGAGGCAGCAGAAGAAUUCGAAUUGAAAAGCAGUCUUCGUUCGACGCGAAAGAGUAAUAACCCCGACUCGGAUUCUUCUGGUACCCCGAAACGAACCCUACCCGACAUCGAAACUGCUGGACAAAAGAAACUUGACCAAUUGGAUAUAAAAGGUUCGGAAGCUGUCAUGGCAAAAGCUGAGAUACCCGAAAUAGAUAAAAAUGAUGCGAUACAAGAAGUUCAAAAGUCCAAAGCUAUCGAAGGAAGUCAACCUAUCCCAGCCAUAGUCUCGCAAUCAAAAGCUUUACGAUUACAAAAGGAACUUGUUGAAGAAUAUAAGAGUACUAUUGGUGGUUAUUUUCGACGAUUUCAUCCUCCUUACUUUCAUCUUAAACAAGAUUCCGACUCUCUCGCGCCUCCUAUUAGUAUCGAAUCCGUUUUAACAUAUGCGUUCCUUCGUGCCGACCUCGACUUUGUUGCAGCACAAGCUCGAAAACCUGAUCCUGAUGAUCCAUACGUUUCCGAUACGGCAUUAAAUUUCGAUGAAGUAUUAGGAAAACCACAUCAUUUACCUCCAUCAGGUCAAGGUAUAGGUGGACGUACACGAUUUAAAGGAGGCUCGACCGCAUCCGUUGUUUUAAUAUCAACACCUACACCAGCUCCAUUUUGGCAUCCAGCUGCUACUUCAACGUUACUUGUUGGUCACGUUGGUGAUACUCGAAUUUUAUUAUGCGAAACUGCUACUGGUUUACCUCGACCUUUAACAUCAGAUCAUCGACCAAGUUCUCCAAGCGAAUCUCAUCGAUUACGUCGAUUCGCUGCAUCAUUCGUGACGGAUUCAUUCGGUGAAGAACGAAUCCAAGGUUUAGCCAACUCUCGAGCUUUUGGAGAUAUGGCUUCAAAACGAUUAGGUGUUUCUGCUGAACCUGAAAUUACACGUACGGAAUUAGGACCAGCACAAUAUAGCUUUAUCGUAUUGAUGUCGGAUGGUAUUUCCGGUACUCUAAGCGAUCAAGAGAUUGUUGAUAUUGUUAAAGAAGCCAAAACACCCGAACAAGGUUCAAGAGAUGUUGUAUCAUAUGCUACAGAAGUCAGUAAUGAUGGAGAUAAUGCAACAUGUCUUGUAGUACGACUUGGAGGUUGGGAACGUAGAAGUGAAGGAGGAUUAGGAAGUUUAGGUACGAAAGAAAUACGAGAUUUUAGAAGGAAUGAAGCAUUAGAUCCUAGGAGAGGAAUUAGAUAAGUAGUAUUUGUAUUAUUUGAAGAAUUAAUCGAGAAGUGGAUUGAGACUAGGAAUGACGACGAUACAGGUAGUAAUAUAGUAUCAAUUCAUGAAUAUCUAACAUGAUGAAUUUCAUGCUUAAUUCGUAAUCUCCAAACGCCUAGCAUAUUUAAACAUUUCAAAAUCCUCGCUC